AUGAUUUCCGGGCAGUGCAUACUGCGCUUCGAUCCGUAUUUCCCCACCCGACCGUACGACUACCAUGAGAGACUACUGGGAAGUCUCAUACCGUAUAUUGCCGAGAAGGGACAAAUUGAGGACGAGGCGACACUGGUAGCCGCCAUGCUAUUGCGGAAUUUUGAGGACUUUCAUGCGGGUACACAAGGACAAUCGCAUCUCUCGACGUUUGAACUCUUCUAUGGUCCCGAAGGCUGGGUGUUCGACAUGGCUAGCCCAGUCGUGCAAGCCGCUCUGGUUCUCCACGUACAUACCGAAGUCAGCCAAGCAUUGCUCAAUCAGCCCAGUCUACGCAUUGACUAUGAAAACUUUAUCCUACCAGCUCUGAUCUCGCCGGUUGACGAAGUCUCGUGGGGCAACCGAAUAUUAUGGCUGACUGCGCGCAUCCUGCAGUGGGCGCAAAGAAGCGUGCGGACAAUGGCCGAGUGGCAGUAUCUUCGCAGCCUGGUCGACGAGUGGGAAAGAAGGCGACCCGCAAGCUUCGAUGCCUUCUUUUACCAGGAAGGGAAUGCGCACUCCGUUGGGGGAUCUCCAGAACUGUGGUUCUCCAGUGCUUGUCAUGUGGGACGCCGCGUAUGCGGUACAUAA